GCAGUUCUGAGGCAUCGAACAAUGAACAGCAUCGCAGUCAGAAGCACAAGUGCAUGUCAACGCUCUGACCAUAGCAGCACAGCAUUGUCAGGAGCCUACCAAUGACAUCAGAAUAGAACACACACACAGAUUUAUAUUUUCAUACAUUCGCAUUUAUUAAAUCUUCUAUACUCUAUAGUAUUUAAAUUUAAUUUAAAUAAAUAAUAUUUAUAUAUUAGUAUAGAAUACUGAGUAGUACAAGCUUAAUUUCUAUUCCAUUGGACCUUGCAUUCAUCCAUCCAUCCGAGCAGAAAAAGCCAAGAGUGGUGAGUAACCGUUCCCCCCUUCCCACGCGGCAAACCAUCUUCUUUAAUUCUCAGCUUUGGUAAGACACUCUUCUCUCCUUUCCUUAAUUGCACUUCUCUCAUUUUCUCAUCUCGGAAUUAUCGUACUUCCCCCCACCCUUUUCUUUUCUUAAUUCUUAUAAAGGACUAAUAUUUAAUACAUCUGAUUUUAAUUUAAUUAGUUAAUUACUCUCGUCACAUCAAAAUCAAAUAUCUCCCUGCCAUUUAUGUGCUUUUAAAAAAACACACCACCACUCCCUCCUCUCUUGUUUGUUCUCUUUUUAUUUUGUUGCAGUGCCGUUGAAACUUGAGAGCUAGAGUCCCCUUUGUUUUUGUCUUUUUUCUCUCCAAAUGUCCUCUUCCACCGUUGGCAAUGAGGAGGAGAAGCUUUACCCUUCCCCACUAGCCUCUCACGACGACAUCGUCAAGGACCCUUCUGUCUUUUGGGACACUCUCAGACGCUUUCACCUCCUUCUCAGUACCAAAUUCAUCAUACUACAACAAGCUAGCUGGAAUAUGAUUUUGAUAUUCGGGAUUCCUGUGAUUGGAGGGAAGGAGCUAGAUUUGCACGUCCUGUACGUGGAGGUUACGAGGAGAAGUGGCUAUGAGAAGGUGGGGUCCUUCCUUCCGUACAACCUCUGUAAAACGCAUUACCCACUACUGCUACGGACUACCCACUCAAAACGAAUUAGCUUUAUUUAUUUAAUUAUUUAUUAUUUAUUUUUGCUAUGCUUAAAAGUUAAAAAGGAUAUCGUACAUGAUGAACUUUGUUAUGUGCUUCAAAUAUAA